AUGCUUGCCUGUCCGAAAUGGCGUACGGUCAUUGUCCAGCUCCUGCUCCUGGCCGCCGUACACGUCGAUGCAUCCUCCGCAACGACCGUCACGACCACCACCACCACCACCGCCCCUGAGACCCGUUCUACCACAACUGCUACCACCGAGAGGACUACCACGACCGCGCCGUCACCGCCGUCACCGCCCGCGUCUUCUGCUACGACUGUCGUGAAUAGUACCGCGACCUGUCAGUCAGUAUCCGUGAACUACAUUUCCCCAGGAUUGCCGGAGCAAUGCUUAAGGACGAGGUCUACUACUAGCCAAAACCCGAGCUCCGAACACCCCUCCACACCUGCGGCGGCGGCGGCGUCUACAAGAGCUGUAGGGAAGGUCGGGGUGCCUGCGGAUACACCACCGGCCUUAUCCACGUCCUCAGGAACGACACCGGGGAGCUCGCCAAGACCCGAAUCACCGUCAGGAACGUCUACUACUACUUGGCUAUCGUCCGUCGAUGCAACAGAUGUGCCAGUACCACCAAAGACCCCCGAGGAACCACCCACCAAGUUCCUCUCCUUCGAAGAAUGGAAGGAACAGAACCUCGCCAAGGUCGGUCAGUCUUCGGACUCGUUUCAAGGACGUGGAAUACGGGAACCAAGGAAUGCGGCUGGUGCUGGAUACGGCGCGCUGGAUGCUCUUGGAGAUGAUAUUGAGAUCUCAUUCGAGUUUGGAUCUCCUGGACCUCCGGCUGGGACUAUCGAGGUUUCUGGAACUGCGGCGACAGGUGUGCCAGCCGCUGCGGGUAUGCCGAGAUCAAAAGAUGCUGGAAAGACCUGUAAGGAGCGGUUCAAUUAUGCAUCACUCGACUGCGCUGCCACAGUCCACAACUUCAAUAAGGGAGUGAAGGGCGCCAACAGCAUCCUGUCGGAGAACAAGGAGUCGUACAUGCUCAACAAGUGCGGUGUAAAGGACAAAUUCUUCAUCGUAGAGUUGUGCGAGGAUAUCUUGGUUGACACCGUGGUGCUGGCGAACUUCGAGUUCUUCUCUUCGGUGUUCAGGGAGAUCAAAGUCAGUGUGAGCGACCGCUAUCCGGUCAAAGCCAAUGGAUGGAAGGAACUGGGGACUUAUGUGGCCAGGAAUACCAGGGACGUCCAGGCUUUUUUGGUGGAGAAUCCGUUGAUAUGGGCGCGCUAUAUGAAAAUCGAGAUCCUCAGCCAUUACGGUGGAGAAUAUUACUGUCCGGUGAGCUUGUUGCGGGUUCACGGAACUACCAUGAUGGAGGAGUUCAGACAUGAGGCGGCAGUUGCCAGGGGAGGCUUCGAAGAGGAUGUCCGAGAGGAUGUCGUGCCGGAGGCUGUUGCUGAGCCUCUUAAAUCUGCUGAGGAUAAGGAGGCCGAGAAGAAUAAGAGUUCAGCACAGAAUAGCUACGAAAAGACGAUAGAUAUUCCACCGGCAGAUGAACAACCCACAGCCAGUGCCGUUGUAGGGACAUCGAGUUCGCCGGUCACAACGUCACAUCAACCCCAGCAAUCUCUGAAUCGGCGGUACAGGUUUCCAGUCGGACACCCCAGUUGUCCUAAAAAUCAGCCUGGUCCUACCAAGACAUCUGUAUCGCAUCCAUCCACGCCACCGCAGGUUGCAAGGUCGACUGGGACCGUAGUGGUACCCACUAGUAAGGCAGCUGUUCAAAUCGCGUCCGGUUCAACUACGAUAUCACGACCAUCAGCGGUUGCAUCAGUCGCCCCCGGUUCACCACCGGCCAAACCUGAGUCGAGAAGUCAUGAAAUGCCAAAACCAUCCUCCCCACAACCUCCGGCAUCCAGCCCAACCACGCAAGAGAGUUUCUUCAAAUCGGUGCACAAAAGACUUACACAUCUGGAGGCCAACUCGACUCUUUCGUUGCAAUAUAUCGAAGAGCAAUCCCGGCUGAUGCGAGAUACCUUCGCGAAGAUGGAAAAGUCUCACAUGACCAAGAUGGGGCAGCUGUUGGAAGCGAUUAACACAUCCGCCUUCACGGAUAUGAAGACCUACAGAGAUAAAUACGAUCAACUGUGGCAAUCGACAGUCCUGGCACUCGAAUCACAGCGGUCUCACUCGGAACGAGAGAUGCUCGCAAUAAGCACACGGCUCACCCUCCUUGCCGACGAAGUCAUCUUCCAGAAACGCAUGUACCAGUUGAAUACUGUCCUUCUGGUGAUAACGAUCGGCGUAGUACUCUUCUCGCGCAACGACCGACUAGCCAUGCCUCUGACCCGUCACCUGCGCACUAACAGCUCAGUACGGAUCUUUGAGUCUCCGCCUGCAUCCCCACAAAUGGGCAGCGGAGUAACACCACAUCUCGCCCACCACCGCAAUAAUAGUUCCGAAUCAGUACACAGCUUUGGAUCUCCGAUAUCCCCACCGACGUCAAGAGAAGGCAGUCCGGUUAUCGACCCGAAAGCGACAUUCUCCCCAGCGUCGCCUAAGUACCGCGCUGACCGACGGGGCUGGGUCAAUUUCGGCCCGAGGCUCCGCGUAGAGAGUCGUGGCCGUCGCUGGCAGCGCCUGCCUAGUCCUCUGGCCGGCAGCGAAAAUGGAGACCAGGGAGAGGUGGUCGCGGUGUAUAAUGAUGGGGAUGCGAAUUAUUUCCAAGAUGAUAAAACAGCAGGAGGCCCUGGCCCUGCAGUUGUGGUCGGUGAGACUGCUGCGUGAUUGUAGUGGUGGUGGUGGUAGUAGUGGUGAAAAACAUGAAUUUGAGUUUUCUUGCGUUGCGCGUUUUGCAUUCGGCGAAGGCGUUUGGUUUGUACUUUUCUUUCUAAAGAGGUUACGAUGACCAAGUACAGUGCUUUGU